GCGACCACCGGCCCCCGCCCGCUCCCCCUUCCCAAGGGAGCCGCAAAAAGAGGAGGAGCAAGGACCCCGGAGACUCCACGGGGCUUCCCUGCGACCCUCUUGCGGGACCCCCUUAACCCUUGCCAGCGAGAGCCCACCUCACCCCCACCGUGCGCUGCCCGGGAAUUUCCCUCCCAUAGCUGGGGGUGAAACACUGCAGCCAGACCGGUCCCAAAUACCCUUGGAACCUACCCCUUCCAGGGAGAGCAGGACCCUGGAGAACUGAGGGGCGGGGAGGGAGGAGCAUCUCGGCAGAGGCUGGUGAGAAAGGUAAGAGGCCUUACGGGAGCACUCCCAGCCCCAUCCCGCGGGUGGUCCUGGGCGACCAGGUGCACCUGUGAGCAGCAGGCCCCACCCCCCCAUAAGCUGCACCUCCCUCCAGCAAAGCCAGGUAAGCUGCCCUUGGGCUCUGCCCUGCUUCAGGGGACACUGAGGCCGGGAGGGACACAGAGUGGGACAGGAAAAGGGAGAAAAACACCCCCAAAAAUGACCGUGGGUGGGGGUGCAGGAAAGCCAGUGGGGCAGGCUGACAACCUGUCCCACCAAGGAUGGCCUUUGUCCAGUCUCAGGAAUCCAGGUGCACAAAGAAGGGGGCCCCCCAAUCUCAGGGCUGUGGAGGCAUUUAUAAUAAGAAGGCCUUUCAGGCUCUCCUCAGCUGCCGGCAGAGCCACCUUCGUACCACAUGCCUCAAAUAGCCUAACAAGACAGCUUGGCUUGCCAGCCCUCAGUUCAAAUCUUGGCUCUAGACAAGGUGCCCAGCCCUAGGCUAUGACAGGCACCAGUGCUGCCACUUCUUGUCCAGUGACAAGGGUGAGCCAUUAGAUUUGGCUCAGCCUCAGAGCUGUAUGGCAAAACCUCUUUGAUCAGCUCACACGUUGGACACAAGCAGUGAAUUUUGGCCCCGGUGUCAGUAGUCAGGCACACGCAGGGAUAUGAGCAUGUCCUGCUCUGUGCUGCGCUCUCUGGAAACGCUGAUGGUGAGAUGGGGCACAGAGUCACAUCACCACUGGGAACCUUGACAGGUAGCCCCAGGAUCCUGCUUGUUGGGUCAACAAGGUUAUCUUCUGCCCUGAGAUUUCCUGAGGGCCAGGGGCAGAGUAGCUGUUCUGGGCACCGAGAUGAGCCACCUCUCAUGUACCCCAGUGCUGAGACGCUGCUGUUAGCCCCAACCUAGAAGUGGGCUGAGGGGUCGGGAGCAGCUAGAUCUGAUCCUCAGGCUGUCCCAGUUUAAUGCUGGGACGCCAGCACCUCAGUCCCAGGCUGCCACCUGCUGGCUGUGUGGCCUAGGGUGAGUUCAUCUGAGCUCAAGGGGCUGAGCAGCAUUCAUUCCUGACUCAGACUGGCUACAGGUGUUACCAGGUGAGAUGCUGAGUGAAAAAUGGAGACGGGGUGUCUGGCCCCCUUCUGCUUAGACGAUUUGUUCUCACUGAGCCACCCAGUGCUGCAGCUCAGGCUGGUUCCCACCAUGUCCACCUUGCUGGAGAUCAAGAGCAGCGUGCUCAGGCAGGUGCAAGUGUGCCCUUCCUUCCGCCGAAAGACAGAGCCGGAGCCCGGGAGCACCAGUGCUGACCCACCGGAACCUGCCACCAGGGCCUGGAAACCUGGGGAUGGCAUGGAGUUCUUUGCCCACAUGCGCCUCAUCCUGAAGAAGGAAGAAGGCAGACAAGGCCUGCCCUGUCCUGAGGUCCUCUUACGGAGCAGCUCGCCAGCCCCCGCUGAACCUGUGGACCUCAACCGUGGCCUGAGAGCCCUGACCCAGGAGGAGGUGAAGAUGCUGUACGAGGAGGCCUUGUAUACGGUCCUCCACCGGGCUGGCACCAUGGGCCCUGACCAGGUGGACGAUGAGGAGAUCCUUCUGGGCUACGUGCAACAGGUGUUUGGCACCAGCCCUGAGGAACACACCGAGGCCAUCGAGCGUGUGAAAAAGGCCAAGGCCCCCACUUACACCCUGAAAGUCUCCGUCAUGAGUGCCAAGAACCUUCUGGCCAAAGACCCCAAUGGUUUCAGUGACCCGUACUGCAUGCUGGGCAUCCUGCCAGGCUCGGGCACCCCUCGGGAGCAGAGCGGGCAAAAAGAAAAGCGCUUCGGUUUCCGCAAGGGCAGCAAACACAGCAGUCCGCUACCAGCCAAGUGCAUCCAGGUCACAGAAGUCAAGAGCAGCACCCUGAACCCUGUUUGGAAGGAGCACUUCCUGUUCGAGAUCGAAGAUGUCAGCACGGACCAGCUGCACCUGGACAUCUGGGAUCAUGAUGAUGAUGUGUCCCUGGCAGAAGCAUGCAGGAAGUUGAAUGAAGUCAUCGGCCUCAAGGGCAUGAGCAGGUACUUCAAACAGAUUGUCAAGUCAGCUCGAGCAAAUGGGACACCAGGGCCCACGGAGGACCACACUGAUGACUUCCUGGGAUGCCUCAACAUCCCUGUCCGGGAGGUGCCAGUGGCCGGUGCUGACCGUUGGUUCAAGCUGGAACCACGCUCUAGCGCCUCACGUGUGCAGGGAGACUGCCACCUAGUCCUCAAGCUUAUCACCACACAGAGGGACACAGUCAUGAGCCAGCGUGGUCGCUCCGGCUUCCUCUCCUACCUGCUGAUCCUGAGCCGAAUACUGCAGUUCGAGCACCGAGCAGAGGAGUCAAAUUCAAGCAGCUGGCAUGGUGAAUUCAGCGGGCCUGGGUCCACAGUCCUCUGCCUACACGGAGCCCAGAGUAACCUGUCACCCUUGCAGCUGGCCGUGCUGCACUGGCAGGUCAGCAGCCGCCACCAUCAGACCUGCACUCUGGACUAUGGCUACCUGCUGGGGCUUCUGGAAGACAUGCAGGCACAUUGGGAAGAGGCAGCCUCACUGCCCCAGGAGCAGGAGGGGCAGAAUCCUGCUCUCAGGUUGAAAACAGACAAAUCAGAGAGAGCAGACAAGCCGUGCUGGAAGGAGAAGGGGUUGCACUGGAGUAACCUGGGGAAGGAGGCCGUGGAUAUCGGCACUGAGGUGGAGGAGAGUCUGGCUGACAGCUUCUCUGCCUUCUCUGAGUAUGGGCUGCAGCUGCUGCGCCAGCUCCGAGAUUACUUCCCUGCCACCAACAGCACAGCUGUCUACCGUCUGGAGCUGCUGCUGAAGUGCCUGCACAAGCUGCAGUUCUUCCAGCCCUCCUUCGAGAUUUGCCCCUUUGAGACGGAGCUGAACAUGGACAUCGCUGCCGCCCUGAAGAGAGGCAACCGUGAGUGGUACGGCAGGCUUCUGAACGCUAAGAGUCCCCGAGAGCAGCCAGGGCCCCAGCGCCUCACCGGCCUCGUGGAGCUGGCAGACAUCAUCUACGAGGACUUUCAAGCCUGCUAUGGCAUCUAUGCCAGCCUCUUCCAUGGGAUCCUCAAGGUGGACUUCUUCACCCUUACCUUCCGGCAGCUGGAGCGCCUGUUGGCUGAGGAGGCGUGGGUGCUAACUGAAGAACUGAGCCCCAAGAUGACUCUCCAGGUGGCCUCAGGGCUUGUUGAGCUGUACCUGACCCUGGCUGACACCCAGCGCUUUUGGAGUUGCAUCCCUGGCCGGGAUGGCCGCUCCCUGGCCCUGGCGGGCAUCCAUACCCCAUUCCUGCCUGCCGUGAAGACCUGGCUGCAGGGGCUGCGAGACCAAGUCAAGUGGCGCCUCCAGGGAGCAGUGGAUGUGGACACGCUGGAACCUGUGGAUGCCUCCUCCAAGCACAGUAGCUCCGCAGCCACUGCCAGCCUCUGCUUCAGCCACAUCCAGGAGUUCUGGGUCCGCCUUGCAUGGCCUGACCCUACCCAGGCUCAGGGACUUGGGACUCAGCUCAGCCAGGACCUGUGCGAGGCAGCCCUCUUCUACGCGGAGCUGCUGCGGAAGAAAGUCGACACCCAGCCCGGGGCUGUGGGCGAAGCAGUGAGCGAGCCGCUUUGCGUGGUGCUCAACAACGUGGAGCUGGUGCGCAGGGCUUCCGGGCAGGCGCUGCGGGGCCUGGCCUGGCCUGAGGGUGUUGGGGGAGUGGAGGCCACGCUUCCCCGGCCCCUGCUCAGCUGCACACAGGCCCUGGAGGAGGACCUGCAGAGGGAGUCCCACACUGUGACUGCACAUCUGACCUCCAAGAUGGUGGCUGACAUCAGGAAGUACGUGCAGCAUAUCAGCCUCUCCCCAGACUCCAUUCAGAACGACGAGGCUGUAGCUCCACUCAUGAAGUACCUGGAUGAGAAGCUGGCCCUGCUGAAUGCCUCCUUGGUAAAGGAGAACCUGGGCAGGGUGCUGGAGUCCCUCUGGGAGCUGCUCCUCCAGGCUAUUUUGCAGGCACUGGGUGCAAACAGUGACGUCUCUGCAGACUUCUGUGGGCGCUUCCAUUUCACACUGGAGGCUCUGGUUAGUUUUUUCCAUGCUGAGGGCCAGGGACUGCCCCUAGAGAGCCUCAAGGAUGGGAGCUACAAGAGGCUGGAGGAGGAGCUGCGGCUGCACAAAUGCUCCACACGCGAGUGCAUUGAGCAGUUUUAUCUGGAUAAGCUCAAGCAGAGGUCCCUGGAGCAGAAUCGGUUUGGUCGCCUGAGCAUCCGUUGCUAUUAUGAGGCAGCUGAGCAGCGGCUUGCGGUGGAGGUGCUGCAUGCUGCGGACCUGCUCCCCCUGGAUACCAAUGGCUUGAGUGACCCUUUUGUGAUUGUGGAGCUGGGACCCCCACAUCUCUUCCCACUGGUCCGCAGCCAGAGGACCCAGGUCAAAUCCCGGACGCUGCACCCCAUAUAUGAUGAUCUCUUCUACUUCUCUGUGUCUGCAGAGGCGUGCCGCCGCCGCGGGGCCUGCGUGUUAUUCACUGUCAUGGACCAUGACUGGCUAUCUACCAAUGACUUUGCUGGGGAGGCGGCCCUCGGACUAAGUGGGGUCAGUGGCAUCUCAAGGCCCCAAGUAGGUGGGGGAGUGCGGGCAGGGCAGCCCAUCACCCUGCACUUGCGCCGGCCCAGAGCCCAGGUGAGGUCAACGCUGAGGAUGCUGGAGGGCCGCACCAACAAAGAGGCACAGGAGUUUGUGAAGAAGCUCAAGGAGCUGGAGAAGUCCAUGGAGGCGGAUCCCUGAGGCCUCCCCCAACCCCACCAGCUGUCCAGCUUUGUGCUGCCGCCUCCUGCUCCUCCAUCUGAAGCGUGGUACCAUUACUCUUGCUGUGUCCCUUUGGUUUGUGCCGUGAACCUCUUGCACCCCAGCAUGCCCCACCCUGAAUAUGGGGGGAGCUUGGAAGGAGCUGGCCAACAGUGGCCCCUGGACAGAGCAGAACAGGAUGGACCUAGUCAGCUGAUGCCUUUCUUUCGGGCUCACAGGCAGUGGAACAAUGGGCAGCUGGUUUCAGUGGCCUCUUGCUCUCUAGGGGCCAUUAGGCCAGGCAACGUCUGGAGACUGUUUUGGUCACACUGGGAUGUGAUGGUGUACUAGCUUGAGGGUAGUGGCCAGGGACGCAGCUCAGUAUCCUACAUUGUGUCAGUCAGUCCCCAAAGAAUGGCCCAUCCCCACUGUGAGUAGUGCCUCCAAGGAAAGCUCCUCUUGGAGGAAACUCCAGUCUCCUUGGUUAGAGAAAGACCCCCAAUAGCCAAGAGGUAGGAAGGCUAGGGAUCAGGUUUGGAGGACCCAAGAACUGGAGGGAAGCAAUGACCAGAGCCCCAAGUGGAGGGCAUGGGCAAGAAAGUCUGCUGUGCUCCCUCUCCUGGCUCUGGACCCCACCCACAGUGGAAUGAACAGGGGAGGCUUGCUGAGAAUCACAGCUCCCAACUAGGUUCUUGGGCCUGGGAAAGGUUCCCCCAGGGUCACUGUGAGAUGGGGGAUGUCACCCACAGACCCACCAGCCAGCCGUCCUUUCACACAUGACCCCACAGUCCAAACCCCCAGGUGUACCCCCAACCCCCAGGCCAAAUGCACAUAGACACUGGGGCGCUCCUCAGUUUGUAGCUUCAUUGAGAGAACUCCAGGACAGGACCCCGACCC